AUGUUCACCAAUUCAGUCGAGCAUCCGGGCCUCCGUAAACUAGUGCCCCGGCUCCUCCAAGCAUCCGAGGAGGAGAUGGGCUCAGAGGUGGUCAUCGGGUACUUCAAACAAUUCAUGGUUCUCCUCUGCUUCCUCCUUUUCCUCUUCUGGGUUAUCCUUCUGCGGAAAGAUGAUGUGAGUACUGAGCUGUGCGCCAAGCCUGUAGGCCUAGCAGCAGGAAGACGUUCUGAGUAGGGGGGUGCUGCGGGGGAGGGCUGGGUGUUGAGAUAAAUCACCUUCAUAAUAGAGUAUUUGCAGGCUAACAAUAAAAUACAAUUCCUAAUGGGAUGAGUAGCCUCAGCAUAGGACAAUAUUCGGUAACAGUAGUCACUGCAGCCUAAAGUUAAUUGAAAUAAAUGUGCCAAAAUUAUAUAAUUAGCUACUCCUGUCAAUACAGAAAUAAAUAAAAUCCCCAGAGAGCAUGAUGUAGCCACAGAGAACCAUUAGCUUCUCUUAAAGCUGUGGAUUGUUUAAAAUCACAAGCCAAAUACCUUUAUUCCUAGUCGGGAAGCCCGCAAUUUGGCCAGCGUGUGUUUGGCCAGCUGAUUAUUGAGACGCGGCUGUCAGUGAAAAGCAAUGCACCUAAAAUGUGGAUGAAGAUAUUGUGUCUUGAGUAUAAUUUGACGUUUUGAGACAAGAAUAAGGGGAGGGUGUGUGGCGAAGAUAUAGUUGGUAAGUAGUGAUAUAGGCCAGUCUCUCUCCAGAAUGGCUCAGCUGUCUCCCGCCAAUUCUUGCGCAUUCAUUGUUUUAUUGUGUUAAUUGUUUGCCCUUUGAUUGUUUAUUUUCAUAUAUUCCCCAUUACAUACAGUAACAGUCAAAAGUUUGGACACACCUGCUCAUUCCAGGGUUUUUCUUAAUUUUUUACUAUUUCCUACAUUGUAGAAUAAUAGUGAAGACACAAAACUAUGAAAUAACACAUAUGGAAUCGUGUAGUAACCAAAAAAGUGUUAAACAAAUCAAAAUAUAUUUUAGAUUUUAGAUUCUUCAAAGUAGCUUGGCAGUCUGGACCUGGGUUUGAGUCGCAGUUUGGGAUACCCCCUGGAUUUGCUGGUGUCAGAAGUGGGAUGGUGGCCGUGGGGCGCUCGGAGAGGCGUGUCCACGUGAGAGAAGCGUGGGGACACGCUCUCCUGAAGGAAGGGGGUAAUGUAACAAUCUUAACCUAACCUCCUCAUCAAGGGGUUGGACCUCUUGGUUAAGGUGUUUGGCUUGACUCCCGAGUGGCGCAGUGGUCUAAGGCACUGCAGUGCUAGCUGUGCCACUAGAGAUCCUGGUUCGAGUCCAGGCUCUGUCGUAGCCGGCCGCCACUGGGAGACCCAUGGGGCGGAGCACAAUUGGUCCAGCGUCGUCCAAGGUAGGGGAGGGUUUGGCCGGCAGGGAUGUGGGUUCGUUUCCCACAGGGGGCCAGUAUGAAAAAAAACAACAACAAAAAACAUGUAUGCAUUCACUAUCUGUAAGUCGCUCUGGAUAAGAGCGUCUGCUAAAUGACUAAAACGUAAAUGUAAAUGUUGACAGUCGCUAGCUCCUGUUUACCAUUACCCCGUUCAGCGCUACACCCUGAGUUCGCUACAAUAUCAUGAGCUCACCACUUACAAAACAGAGCUGAGAGCUCUCCAUGCAGAAUGGGGCCCAAUCCCAUUAUCAUUUAUAUCAAUAACGCAACAGAAAACUAGUUUAAUAUUUCUUUUAUUGCGACACAAAUUCUUGCAGUUUUACCAUCUUACCACCAGGGGACGCUGCACCCCCUUCAGCAACAGGAAGCGGACAGCCAGACAGAAUUUUGGCCUUAAAUGUGAAUUUUAUCAUCCUUACACCAAUAUUUUUGUGUUUUUUUUCAAACAGGAUGAGGUCUACGAUGAGAUUGACUCGUAAGUCCUUUUUCAUCAUUUAUUGUAAAUUCAGAAUUAAAAAACUAAUGACACCCUAUUCCCUAUAUAGUGCACUACUACCAUAGGGCUCUGGUCGAAAGUAGUGCACAGGGGAUUAAUUAGGGUGCCAUUUGAGAUUGAAUGAUUUUGUCUUGCAGAAACUACUACAAAUACCUCCAGUACCUGGAGGGGCUGCUGGAUAUGAUGAAGCUACAGAUAGACAGCCUGAACGCUGAAGCGAACUUUGACCUUUCCUCCUGCGGCUACACCUCUGCCUCCUGCUCUGGGAGGUCCUCCUGCGGCUACACCUCUGCCUCCUGCUCUGGGAGGUCCUCCUGCGGCUACACCUCUGCCUCCUGCUCUGGGAGGUCCUCCUGCGGCUACACCUCUGGAACUAGAUCAUAUCCUAGAUCACAUUGUAGACCUUCUGGAUCUUCUAGGUCCUCCUCCAGAUCUAGUGGUGGUGACUGCAGCACGUGCCGACACUGUAACAAACGGCCUGACAGGUUUAAGUUCCUGGGCGGUAGUCUGGAUAGUUCCUACCCAUUGGAUAGUCUGGAUUGCCCUUACCCAUUGGAUAGCCCCAGCCCAUUGGAUAGCCCCAGCCCAGUGGGAAGCCCCAGCCCAGUGGGAAGCCCCAGCCCAGUGGGAAGCCCCAGACAACCAGGUAGUCCUAGCCCACUGGCCACGCCAAGGCCCUGUCUCCAGCUACCAGGAGGUGAUGAGGGGGCCAGUCCAAGGCCCUGUCUCCAGCUACCAGGAGGUGAUGAGGGGGCCAGUCCAAGGCCCUGUCUCCAGCUACCAGGAGGUGAUGAGGGGGCCAGUCCAAGGCCCUAUCUCCAGCUACCAGGAGGUGAUGAGGGGGCCAGUCCAAGGCCCUGUCUCCAGCUACCAGGAGGUGAUGAGGGGGACAUCAGAUACUAUGGCUCCACGCAAGCCUCCAACACCUCCUGCCGUUCUCCUCGCCGCUCCUCCGAAAAUGCCUCCCGCUGCUCCUCUCCCAGCUCCUCUAAGUACGUGACUCCUUCUGACUCUCGGCUGCCUCUGGAGUACCAUCCAAGCCCUCAGCAGCCUGCUAUUGGUUACUACGACACGACCAAGAUGGAGCACAAAGAGGACGAUGUUCCUGUGGUUGCUACACCUGGCUGCAAAGACCGUUACAACCCCACUGACUGCUCCAAGACUCAGACUGCCAACUCUGUAGACCAUUCCAAGACUCUGAUGACAGUGAGACAGAUUAGCACAGUGAGACAGCUGUUUGAGAUCAUUCCAGGGAAAGAUGACCCACCUGUCCUGCACAGCUGGCACCAACGACACCUGGAGGUCAAUGUGCAACAGAAGGUUUGUACAAAUUACAGUUUAAAA